AUGGCCGCCACAGGCUACCUUGUUUUGUUCCUCACUCUCACCAUUUUUUCUGCAGCCACCUCUGCCCGACUCCUUGACGAACAACCACAGGUGCCGGUCGUCCCACCGGAGGCAACCGAUGAAGUUGUGACGCCUGUACCUUCAGCCAUCGGCCAGACCAAUCCUAGUCCUGGUGUGGCUGCAGCCACUAGUGCCAUUGAUGCUGAACCCUUCCAUACUCUAACCUUUUUCAUGCAUGACAUACUCGGGGGUUCGAAACCUUCGGCUCAACCCCUGACCGGGAUAAUAAACAACCCUUCCUUCAACGGUCAACUCCCAUUUGCCAAACCCAAUGGGGCAGUCCUCCCAGUGACCAACGGUGCAUCCCAGGAUAACGGUCUCCUCGAUAUCAACAACAUGCCAUUCCUUACUGGGCUCGGUGGCGCUACAUCACCCGUGUUGCAAAACAACGGCUUUGGGAACUUUCCGGUCGCUAAUGGGGGUCAGCUCCCGUCGGCGUCUACCCUUCAGCAGCUCAUGUUUGGCACCAUGACAGUGUUCGACGACGAGCUGACCGAGGGGCACGAGCUCCGAUCAGGAUUGGUAGGAAAGGCACAAGGGUUUUACGUGGUGUGCUCCGAAGAUGGAACCACUCAGACCAUGGCGUUUACUGUUAUGCUUGAGAGAGGGAGUUAUGCAGACAGCCUUAGCUUCUUCGGGAUCCACAGAACGGCUGUGUCAGAGUCGCAGUUAGCCAUUAUGGGUGGGACCGGGAAGUAUGUUAACGCAAAGGGAUUUGCCACGGUUAAGACCCUGGUGGACACCACCCUGCAUGAGACUGAUGGGGUCGAGACUCUGCUGGAGUUCACUGUUUAUAUUACUUACUGA